UUUGCGGCGUCACUUGACACACUGUUUCACCCACAUGACAAAGUACAUCAACAAAAUCUCGAUGGAAAAAAAAGAAGAAACCAGUUGAAGCCAGUUGACACGCUUUCGCCAUGACAGACUUGAUAUAAAUGACGCAAAGAAGCAUAAGAAAACUCUCAGUAACAUUUACCUGCGUGACGCAACGUUCAGGUUGGAUAUCGCUUUUCGGAAGCAAAAUAAUUGUUUAAAAGGUUGGUCAUAUUAGUCAUGGCUCCGGCUCUAGACAAAAAGCUGACGGGACUGGUUGCUGCUACAUUUACCCCGUUCACCACACAAGGUGAAAUCAACCUAGCAGAGAUUGGACCUUAUAUUGACUACUUGACAGAGAAGCAAGGUGUAAAUAACAUAUUUGUAAAUGGCACCACCGGAGAGAGCAUGUCUCUCAGUGUGGCAGAGAGAAAGGACCUGGCUGAGGAGUGGUGUCGAAAAGCCAAGGGAAAGAUGGACCAGGUGAUUAUACAUGUCGGCUGUAUGAGUCUGACAGAUUCCAAAGAACUGGCUCGUCAUGCAGUCCAGAUAGAGGCUGAUGGCAUCGCAGUCAUUUCUCCUUCUUUCUUCAAGCCUAGUACUGCAGACGCUCUGAGGACAUUUCUUUACCAAGUGUCUUCAGUUGCUCCCACCUUGCCUUUCUAUUACUACCACAUCCCAGCAGUCACAGGUGUUAAUAUGCCAGCGAGGGAUGUUUUGGAGAAUAUUGAGGAACUCAUUCCAUUCUUCAGAGGAGUCAAGUUCUCUGGUAAUGAUCUCAUGGACUUUGGCCAGUGUGUCAGCUACUGUCAGCCCCACUGGUCAGCGCUUUACGGUGUGGACGAGCAACUGUUAGCAGCCCUGGCAAUGGGAGCCCAUGGAGCAGUCGGCAGCACAUACAACUACGUGGGGUAUCAUGUCAAUGAGCUCAUGUCGGCAUUUGACCAUGGGGACAUCAUUCAGGCCAGAACAAUACAGUUCAAGAUCCAAGAGCUUCUCAGUUAUGCCAAGAAACUUGGUUUUGACCUUGGUGUCAACAAGCAGCUCAUGAAUGAAGUGUCAGGCCUCUCUCUGGGGCCUCCUCGACUGCCCGUGAUGCCAUGUCCCGUUGAUCAGGCUCUGGCCAUCGCACAGAAAUACCACAGCCUUUUUUCUAAAAACUGAGGGAACAGUUACUGACUGAUUCAGGCAUUCACACACAACCCAUAGUUACAUAUAUACUUUAAUAUACCAUUAGAGAGAAACCAUUUGAGUUUCUCUGAAAUGGUCGUUAAUAAAUCAUGUAAUCAAGUAAUUCAUGUGACAGGUCUUCACGUGAUUAAAAACUUUUUUUUUCUCGUAGUAAUUCUUAUUCUUUGGUAUGUAUUAUUUUUCAAAUGUUUAUAACACACUUUGUAACAUGUUAGUACAACAUUUUUUAUUACUUGAACAUGUACAACGUGAACAAUUGCUGAAAUUGUAGACAUGGCCUGCCACAUAAGAGCAGUAUUACUAUCCUGUACUGUGUGAGAUGAACAAUGAAAUCAGGAACAUGGGCAAAUAUCAUCUUUGUGCAGGGAUGUGAUGUGGCUUGACAUCUCUAUGGUUUCAGCCUUUUCACAUUUUUAUAGCUGAAGAGAAGUAUACUUAAAAAAAAAAGUUUAAAUUGAACACACAACUAUGUUUUGUAUGUCUUAAUACCUGGAGGGAAUUUAGUUAUUGGAUUUUCUGUGCUUUGUGAUCUAAUAAAUAUUUACAAAUAGCCUAAGAUGCUUUUUGGUUUUCUCUCCAUGUUCAAGGUUUUUGUUUUGUUUCAAUAGCUAUUACAUAUUUUCAGCUUCACAUUAUCCUUUUACUAAAGAUAUUGUUUGUAUUAAUAAUUGAUGGUGAUCUGUUGUGUUGUUUUUGUGACGUCCACUUACCAUAGUUACGUGAGUGUCCCUCCAGGGUGUAUGCCUCACCUUCCUCCCCUGUGUUUACCUACCUUCUCCCCUGUCCUAUGUAUGUACUUGUCUCCUCCCACUCCUCUUUGCAGGUGUGUUUUUCCAUCUUGUGAGUGAACCAUGUUGUUAUCUGUGUUUAUCUUAAGGCCAGUUCAUUUAGCCUGUUGAAUUUGUAUCUUAUUCGCUGCAUUUUCCCAACUCCAUAUUUUGUCAUUGUGAUUUAUGAAAAUUAAAUACUUUUUAACUCUU